UCUGAUAAAAUACAGUGAUAACGUUUUGAUGAAAUUUUUUAAACAUUUUUCUGAAAAAUUACUGUUUCCACUAAAGAACAGUAUCUAUUUUAUUUUGUGAAAUUAUUGUAGAGAAUGGAUCGUAAAACACCAGAAUUGCGACCAGCUAUAAACGAGUAUUUUAAAGAUCCGUCACCUUCAUCUGAUUUAUUUGAUCAAAUUUCAUCACAUGCAAUAACAGAAGUAAAACGAGAAGAACCCACAGUUUGUCGUAUUUUUCAACAAAUAAAUACUAAUAAAAAGACAGAUAUAUUUGAUAUUAUUAAAUCACCAGACAAUAGUCAAAGUGUCAAUCCUAGUUUUGAUAUAAAAGAUGCAUCAUUUGUCAUGUUAGAAAAUGUUGAAGUGGACUUAGAGAAUAUAUUUGUUCAUGAUUUUGAAAUAUCUAUUAAUCCUGUAGAAGAUGAACGGAGACGGUAUGCAUGGAUACCAUCAGCUAAAACAAAAAGUAUUCUUGAAAAAGGUUCUCAUAUAAGCCAUACAUUACCUAGGGAUGUGUUUACUAUGCCUGGAGUUGAAAAUGUUAACUUUGCUAAUAAAACUUAUGAAGGUCUUGUAUCAUAUCUUGGUAAAAUUGAAGCUGCUCCUUUUAAGAGUAAAACUAUUGAAGAAGUCUCACAGGAUGAUCGUGGUCUAAAAAUAUUGAUUGAAGAUGGUAAUUAUGCUGAAGCAUUAAAUUUGACUACUAGACUUUUAGCUAUGUAUGGUCAAGGUCCAGGGCAAAUGGGUUAUCCAAGUAAACACACAAAAUAUUCAUUGCAGUUAUGGCUAACAAGAUUUUCUUUAUUAGUUAAAACCUGUGCUUGGAAAAUUGCGAGCAAAGAAGCAAUAGCCUGGGAUGAUUUAGAUAGACCCGAUCUUUAUAUGCAAUGGUAUAAAGAUCUGUAUAGUAACAAAUUUGGAACUUUAGUGCCAUUUAGCUUAAGAUUAAUUUUGGCUGAGUUACCACAAUAUACAUCUACUACAAAUGUUUAUAAAAAGUUAUUUGAAGUACUCGCAUCUAUUAGAAAAAUUAUAAAAAAUUUAAAUAAUGGAUUAACUGAAGAUGGUCGAAAUCUAGAAUUAACACCUCAAGACAGAAAUACUUCUAAACUUUUAUGGUUUUCAAGAGAAUCUAGGGUUAUUCAUUCUAUUAUUAAUUGUGCUUUAAAUCAGAAAGAUUAUAAAUUAGCAAUACAGUUAUUAAAAGAUCUCAUUGAAAAGCCAAGACUUAAGUACACAGUGACUCACAAUAGAGCCCUUUUAUCUGCUAUGGGUAGAAUUUGCUUACAAGUUGGUGAUCUUAAAGCUCAUAGUUUUUUUCUUCAAUCAUCACGGCUUAAAAAUCAAACCAUUGGUACAUCUGGUGAAACAAAACCAGACUACAGAGAACUAAUUGAUGCUGCACUUCUAUCAAUUGCUCAAAAUAAUUACAAAGAUGCUUAUAAACAUUUUGAAAAUGCCUAUAACUUAAAUUGUAAUCAAGUUAUGGUCUUGAACAACAUGGCGACAUGUUUGUUUUAUGAAGGUCAAUUAAAUAAUGCAAUAGCUUUGUUAGAAGAUGCUAUACAAAAGUUUCCAUCACUAGCAUUAAAUGAAAGUUUGCUAUCAAAUAUUUGUUGUUUUUAUCAAUUUCAAAAUUCAGCAAUUAACAAACAAAGGUUGCUUAAAUAUCACAUUAUUUCUAAGUAUAAAAAUUGUGUAACUGAUCCAGUUAUUUAAUGUAUAGCAUUAUAUUUUUUAUUUUAAUAGUUUACUGUUAUUGUUAAUUAAAACUUAAU